AAUUAAUCACAGAAAAAUGGUGACAUGAUAUUGAUGAUGAAGAGGGCACUACAACUUUGGGUUUUACUGUUGGUCCCCUCUUGUGUUUCUUUAAUUCCUCAAGGAUCAACAGAGGACGAGAUCAAAAGUAUCGUGUUUUCCAAUACGAGUAGCAGCGAUGGCAAACUCAUUAACAAACGGGACACUGAGACAACAGACCCUAAACUGGAGCCACCACGAGACCCUAAACUGAUGCCGACACAAGACACUCCUGUACCAUCUAGAAGUGCUCUUGCUAGAACCCGGCCAGAGUGUGUUGAUAAAGUGGAUGGAUCAGACUACAGGGGAAAUGUAUCUGUCACAGCAUCAGGACACGUCUGCCAGAGAUGGGACUCUCAAUCACCUAAUAAACACAGCAUAACUCCUGAGGCAUACUCUGAUUCAGGACUGCAAGAGAACUAUUGCAGAAAUCCAGACGGUGAAUCAAGCGCCUGGUGUUUUAAUGCUGAGGGAACUGUGCCUCGAUGGGAGUACUGUGAUGUACCUACAUGCAGUGGUUGCGUCAGCUUGCGACAUAUCAACGAGAAAGUCAAAGAACGCGGUAGCAUACCUUUAGGGGACAAUUGCUAUAUAAUAAAUAUAAAAGGAUUUUUGAAAAUAAGUUGCGGACAAAGGGGACUCAAAUGUCUUAACUCGGACAUCUCGUACCUUUACGUCAAGGAUGAUUAUUUUCUAAUAAAUGUGACCAAUGUGUGUAAAGGAGACCCACACGUUUACCAAGCAUGCGGCCUCAGCAGGAGUGGGACGUAUUUUUCAUCAAGUGGCUUCACGGAGUUGUGUGGAGGCUAUUUCGAGGAGGAAGAAGGGCCAUCUCGUUUUGUUAGGUGUACUAGAUACAGCGGCAGUUGUGACACAGCUGAUGAGGUCAGGUCUGACUCAGACGCUGAGGAAGAGAUCACAAAUGUUUGUGACGAUAAAUGCGACGCGUACGGCUGUGAAGAUGAAAGUAGGUGUAAUGGAUACACUUACGGGAUGUAUUGUAACAAUAGUUAUAAUGGCAAUUACAGUUAUGUGUCCCCGGAAUACAUUUGUAGUGGUACUUGGAGAGUGCAGUGUGCUAACUCGGAGGACGAGUUGAACUGUGCUGUUGAAGAUGACAGUACUCUUAGCACAUGUCUUCAUUACAGACAAAAAACGAGUUUUGGAAGAGACGUCACUGUUCCCAUAUUUAACAAUACUAGGUGCAGUACCUUUUAUUUAUAUCAACAUUCGGAUUUUAGGACUUAUCCGUACUGUUACGAUUACAUGGACCAAACGAACUGCAGUGAUGUUGACAGAGUAGGUGGUUACUGUUUAGUCAGGGGUCACCUGUCCAGUGUUUCAAAGUACGUGGUUUGUGGGGGAGGUUUUCAGAGGACCAUUUAUGCUAAUCUGUGUGACAAUAACUUGGAAAAUACAUGUGAGUAUCCAUCUAAGUUACACCUUGACUGUCUAGUUCACAAACACAGACUCUGUGACGGAGUUGCUGACUGCAUUGAUUCUAGUGACGAGACCCUUGAAAUAUGCUCUCAAACGACAGCUGGAUACCUGAGUUGUACUCGCAGUUUUAAUGUAGAUAAACACAUGGAGAUACCAGUCGCCUGGUUGAUGGAUAACCAAACUGACUGUCUGGAUGGAGAAGAUGAAGAUCUGGAGGUUCGCUUCUGUGGAGGUAGGACUGGUUACUACGCUGAAAGAUCAAUCAUAGGAAAAAAAACCUGUCAAGACGUUCUCUUGUGCUGGCAAGGCUAUGUUGAAUUUGAUUCUCUUUGUGAUGGUGUCAACUCUUGCGCACUUGAAAACAAAAUUUGCGAGAUUUCGCGAGAUUUCCCAACCCUCAAAACAUCGGCUGUGAUUGAAAACUGCUCAAAUCGUGAUUUGUGCACCUGGAUAGGACCACCUGAAAAUGAAGCUUGUCACAUCAGGAAAUUUGAAGGACCUGCGGGCGAUGUUUUCGGUGUCAGCACCCUGUUGAAUGUUCCUGCUGCUAAAGUAGACUGUAACCAUCUGUUUGGCGAGUUCUAUGUUUACCUUAGUUACAUGGGUCUAUGUAUAAACUCCCGUUGUCCUCUCCACGAUCAAUCCUUAAGCUUUGAUGCGUGUCCUGGACAAUACCCCGAGAGAGUUUACACCCUGGCCAACAACUCCCAACUGGCUUUUGUCACAUUGUCCGAGGAAGGUGAAUACCAAAAUGACUAUUUCCAAUGUGAUAACGGCAAAUGUAUAAAGUACAAUCAGGUUUGUGACCUUAGAAACGACUGUGAUGAUAUGUCUGAUGAAAGUAACUGUUCCAACCACAUGGUUUGUGAGAACACCAAGAACAGGACAGAUGUCAUGCAUCAGAUAAUACCUCUCUCUCAGAAAUGUGACGGUAUUUUCGACUGCUUUGAUUUGUCUGAUGAGUGUAACAUGUCCUGUGGGAGAGAAAUUCUCAACAACUUGCUGCUCAAAGGUAUCUGCUGGCUUAUAGGUAUUCUAGCGCUCAUCUUCAACAUCGUCUCAGUGACCAAGGUUGCAAUGAGUACUUCAGAAGGUGAAACGGGUAGUUUGCUGAUCACAAGGGGACUUGUUUGUCUCAUUGGAAUUGGAAAUUUCAUCGUUGGGAUCUACUUGAUUGUAAUAUCCAUCUUCGAUAGCAUCGUCUUUGGAAAAGUCUUUUGCCAAAAACAAGCAGAAUGGUUGACGGGCAGUGCUUGUGCCGUUUUAGGAGUAUUGAGCACCACUGGAAUACAGCUGUCCCUCUUUGCUAUGACUGCAUUGAGUUUGAUGAGGUUGUCACGUGUUAUGACCGGCUCUUACAGGGGCUACAAAAAAACAACACUUUUUGUGGUUGUUGCUGCUUCACUUGCAAUUGCUUUUAUACCUCUGUUUAAACGCGGGGAAGACCAUUUUGUGUCGGGAAUUUAUUAUGAUCCAGAGUACAAGCUUUUCGCUGGCUUUGUGAAUAAAUUCAGGCACUCCAAGAUUUUCCAGACAUAUUACAAUAUGUCAGACGUAGUACCAGUUAACAAGGCGGUGUGCGAACUACCCGGAUGGUAUGAACACGAACAAAGUCACCACAGAGAAUCACGGACAUUGUCCUUGGAUCCUGCCUGGUACGUACCUCUGUACCAGGCUCUCACGUGGAAGGUGAUCGGGGAGAAGGUUGACGGCAUGUUCACCAGAGAUUUCGGCAACUUGAGUAGAAGUGCUGUUCACUUUUAUGGAAAUGAUGGCGUUUGCCUCUUCAAAUAUUUUGAUCGUAGUGACGAUGCAACGAGGAGCAGGGAGGAAAUAGAAAAAAACAGCAAAAGCUUCGUUUGGUCCAUACUUGGCGUCAACCUAUUUUGCGUGAUCGCGAUGAUAUUGUCUAGUAUUGUAAUCUACAUUAAACGUCGCAAAGUAGACGAUGAGGAUACUGGUCGUCAAAACCGGACAGUUUUGCAAAGUUUCUUGAUGAUGAUCGGGGCAUAUGCUACAUGUUGGCUGCCAUUUAUGCUCAUAAGUUGCCUCCACAAUCUUGGGUUGAUUGAUGCCACAGACUGGUACGCCACUUACGCUCUGACAGUACUGACCAUCAACGCUGUGAUAAGCCCACUUCUGUAUCAUAAGACCAUACGUGAGUUUGUCGAACCAAGUCUAGGUUCACCCGGUGAUGAGGCAGGAAAGAAGCAGAGUGGUGACGACCAGGAAGAAGGGGAACCUCCUGAUGAAGGAGAUAUUAACUUGGAAGCAGUGUUGUAAAGGAGCAGAUUAUAAGGAUGCAACAAAUACUCGUUUUUACCCAUACAAUGUAUGAACGAAAAAUCAACCUCUGCAAAGCGGAUAUUCUUCUUCUCUGAAAACAAAGUAAAUUUAGUUAAAGAUAAGAAUUAAGAUUAUGAUGGCUCCAAAUGGUGACAAGCUCUUGACAGAAAUCCACCGUAUGCACCAGAAGAAAUACAAUUUAAAGAUACUAACUAUCCGAGGAUAUCUAAAUGGUCAAACUUUUGCGGAGGUUCAAGUACAUGAAUAAACUCUGCUAAUUGUAAAUUGUGGGUCACAAACCCGAAAUUCAGUUAUUGUACAGUUUUGUGCAUAUUUGGUUUAAGACAUUCUUGGCCUUAUUAACCUAAUAUUUAGUAUAGAUUCUUUAGGAAGCCUAAUUUUGUCUACUAUGAAAAUGCAAAACGUUUAAUAGGAUAAAUAUUGUUGAUAUACAUUAUACAGGGUACAUAGAUUCUAAAAAUAUAAAAUUUGUUCGUUGCGUACCUAUGCUAAGAAAGGGAAUCAUCUCGUUCAUCUUAAACUUGGGCUUUUGAUUUUUUCCUUUUAUUUUUCACCAUGGAAAGAUCUCGUUGUCACAAGUUGCUUUAUACUAAUAAUAUAAAUAUGACGAUUUUCAUAGACAAUGAUUAUAUACUGAGACUAGAAACCAGUUGAAUAGCAGAAAAUAAUAUAAUCUCAUAAAUGUUGUUUUUACUCGCCCUGAUCUGACUAUAUUUCUUGGCCUUUCACUCACACUGUAGUUUUAAAUAUAUGUGAUCUUGUGAUGGACGAUGGUGCAGAUGCUCACUUAACUCUUUCAAGAUGCAGAACUCAAACUGAUGUAAGAUAUCAUUAAGUGAUAGCGUAUAUUAUAGAGCAUUGCUGAUUGCUGAUUAUUCUUAUUAAUAUCUUUGCUUGGAGGGGGAUUUGUUUAAAACAUAUAAGUGAUACGAAAAGUUUGUUUUAGCAGGAGCUUUUGCUGGAGUAACAAAAGACGAUUUUGUUGUUUUUUUUCAUUUUUGCUAUUUGUUGUUAUUUUUUGAUAAAAGGUUAUUUAGUUUAUCUGU